AUUCCAUAGACUAUAGUCUAAAAUUCUAAUCUUAGUGAAGAGUAAUCUUCUUCCAUUUUAUAAAUCAUUGCGCGAUGAAUUCCAAGCACAUCCUCUUCCUAUUUAAGUACCAAACCACUGAGCAAAGAAUCCAUAUCCAAUUGAGAGAGAAGAAGAGGAAGAAGAAGAAGAAGAAAUGGGCAGUUCCAUCUCACUCUGUUUGCUCAUUGUCUUGGCAAUUCUGGCGCUGGCGAUCGAGCCGGCGAGCGCGCAGGACACCCCCCGGAAGCUGCACGGCGCCUGCCUCCCGAGCGGCCGCCUGCGAGGCAAGGCCGGCAAGUGCAACCGGGAGCACGACUCCGAGUGCUGCGUCCCCGGCAAGAGCUACCGUCGGUUCAAGUGCUCGCCCCCCGUCGUCGCCGGCGGCACGCGAGCUCACCUGACGGUGAACAGCUUCGCCAAGGGCGGCGACGGCGGCGGCCCGUCGGAAUGCGACGGUAAGUUCCACCCCGACCACGAGAAGGUGGUGGCCCUGUCCACUGGGUGGUACGCGGGCGGGAGCCGCUGCGGGAAGAAGAUCGUGGUGAGGGCCAACGGGAGGUCGGUGAAGGCGAAGGUGGUGGACGAGUGCGACUCGAUGAACGGGUGCGACCAGGAGCAUGACUUCCAGCCUCCGUGUCCUAACAACAUCGUCGACGCCUCGCCGGCGGUGUGGAAGGCGUUGGGGAUCCCGGAUUCCGUUGGAUACACUGCCAUCACCUGGUCUGAUGCUUGAUACAUUUAUAUAAUCUAUAUCUAUAUGUAAUCGCCCUGUGGAGCUAGCUAGUUAGCCACAUGGUCAAAUAAGAGUACAAAUUAAUGAUCUUAUGAUUAAUGAUGUGUUAAUUUAGCCACCACAAGUUACAUGAGUGUUUGCUCCAAAAAUAUUUCAUAUGCAUUGACCGAGUUUUGGACUUGUCAA